AUGGCAUUUUUCGGAAGUGGAAUCGGCGGUAUCACAGUCAUUAUCUUUGGAGCCCUCUGCGUCAUCCUCGCCAUAAUCUGUGGCAUCCAUAUGCAUCGAGCCCGUAAGCAGGCAGAUGCAAGAAUCGAAAAAUUACUACCGGGUACCACCAUCGUCUCCCCACGUCCCUAUUUCGAACCUUACCGAUACCACCCACCUACACCUGCAAGCCAUGGCAUUGACGUGAGCAAGCUUCAGGAUAACACCACGACUACCGGUAGUCCUAAUGGUGAGGGUGUGUUGCCUAACUAUGUAGCUCCAUCCGUGCCACCUCCAAGCUAUCCUGCCGGUGCCCAUGUCGUGAUUACUCCUGAUGCGGAAGAGACCGAGAGGAAUUCUCUUCCUCUGUCGGCUUUGCCUCAAGCAUCAUCAGGUGUUGCAGCUGCUCCGUCGAGUUAA